AUGCACAUCCUGGUCGUCAACGACGAUGGUCCCCCAAGCACCAAACUCUCACCAUACGUCCGGCCUCUAGUCGAAGCCCUCAAAGCAAACGGCCACCAAGUCUCCGUAGCAAUCCCCGCAGCCUCACGCUCGUGGAUCGGAAAAGCCCACUUAAUCGAAGCCUCCCUAACAGCCAGCUACGUCCACCCAGACGCCUUCAACGCAGACGGCAGCUGGGACGAGAGCUUCGAAUCCCCAGACCCGGAGAAUGAUUGGGUAGUGAUCCGCAACGGCACACCAGCCAGCUGCACGCAAUUAGGUCUGUACAACCUAUUUAGCGAGCGGGCGCCGAUCGACCUGGUCAUCUCGGGCCCGAACCACGGCCGCAAUGCUUCCACCAUCUACAACCUGUCCUCGGGGACGGUAGGCGGUGCGCUGGAAGCGGUGUUUUGUAGCAAGCGCGGUAUUGCUAUCUCGUUUGGUAGCAAGGACCCGCAGCCUGAUGAUAUUAUUGCGGCGGCGGCCAGACUCGCUGUUAGGGUUGUCCGGCAUCUUUAUGAGAAUUGGGAUGAGAGGGUCGAGCUUUAUAAUAUCAAUGUUCCUAUGGUUCUUGAUGUUGAGGAGAGGCCUGUGCUUUAUACGCGCACUUUGCCGUAUUAUUGGUCCAGAGGGUGUUUGUAUGCUGAGGAGGGGACGGGGAAGAAGCUUAAUGGUGCGAAUGGCGUGAACGGUGUUCAUGUCAAUGGCGAGACUAAUGGCACGGCUGUUAAUGGACAUGUCCCUGCGUCUUCCAGACAGCGUCAGUUUAAGUGGUCUGCUGAUUUGUCGGAUAUGAAAAAGACGUUGCAGGAGAGUGAGGUUGGCACGGAUGCUCAUACCGUGCUCAAUGGGUCAACUAGUGUGACUGCCCUCCGAGCCAACUUCUGGCAUGUCCCCGGUCUUGAAGGGCCGCUGGACAUUGAUGCUUGA